AUGGGCUGUAAACAAACCACGACAAAAACUCCGCCUGUUGUUAUCGCAACUUCACCAACUACGCCGAAUUAUGUGAAAAGUGCAUUAAAAAAAUCUCACGUGAAAGGAGGAGGAAAAACUGAAAAGCUUUCUCAUUUAAAACAAAAAGUAUCAACAUCACAUAAAUCAGUUAAUUUUGAUGAAAAAGUUCAAGUUAAAUCACGUACUCCUACACCAAAAGAAAGACGAUAUGACAGAGCACCAUCAACGAAAAACUUACGAAGACAAAUAUAUACUGAUGAUAAAGACGUCGAUGAUCAUGAUAUCGACGAUGACGUUAGAUCAGUUUCAUCGCAAGAAGAUAUUAUUAUUAAUGAAUCAAUCAAGAAAUCUAAACCUGUUUCUUCUCAAGCUUCGUUACGAAAUCAAUCAAAUGCGUUUUGGCAUAAAAAUAAUGCUAUAGGCACUAUACCUACAGCGAAUACUAUUAAAGAGAAAAAUCAACCUUCAUCAACUGCAAUACCACAAUUACCUCUUAGCAUGACAACAGACUCUGCAGAAGAUCCAAAUCUACCCAUAGGCAAUCGUUUCAGAGUACGACGUAAAGUUCAAUAUCCCGUGAUACCACAAGCUUCAAGCCCAGUUGUUUCUAUUCAAUCGCCGCCGGCUUCGUCUUCUCCGUCGAAUUUGCACACAACAUCUCAACCAGUACAAAGACCGUUACCCAGUACGAAUGCUAUACUUAUUGAACAUCAUGCAUCAUUUUCUAAUGGUGGAUCUACACCAAAAACUGGUUAUUAUGCUUUUGCUCGACAGCCGACUGGUAAAACAAAUCCGGCAGAAAAAUAA